AUGAAUCAGCAUUAUAUCGUGUCAGAAAAUGUAAGAUUUGAUGUAGCGAACAACAAUAAGGGAGGAUCGCUUAAAAAUGCCAGAAUCGGACACUUGGCUGUUCUUCCAAACGAUGUCAAUCUCACUCUUGCUAAUGUUUACAUCGCUGAAAAUGACAGAUCUGAACUGAUAAAUGGAGAUAGUCGUGGUGGAAGGGAGUCGCAGACCAAAGGUCGGUACAGUAAUAUCGAGGAGGGACUGGAGUCUUCCGUAAGCAAUGAAGCUAAAAACAGAAUUAACAGGAUUGUGGGAGAUGUGAAGAGCCUGUCUGAUGUGGAAAAGUUACUACUGUACUUACGACUACCUACAGGCGACACCAGCAAGGAUCUCCGACAAACCCCAACAUCAUGUUUGCAAACACCAAAUCGAACAGAACAGGCACAGGCGUAUACCUGGAUAAGGUCUCAUCUAGAGGAGGAUGUGGAGAUCUGUCUCCCCAAACAGGAAGUCUAUGAUGAUUACAGAGUGUAUUGUGAGAACCAUGGUAUCCGUCCGCUGAGUACCGCUGACUUUGGCAAGUUGAUGAAAUGUGUGUUCCCAAAUGUGAAACCCCGACGUCUUGGCCAGCGUGGACAGUCCAGAUACUGUUAUGGAGGACUGAGGAAGAAGUUAGACAUUGAGGCUCCAAACCUACCAGACCUAGAGAUCAGUCCUCACAAACAGCAGGAUACAGGAUCGGAGGAUGACGAGUUGUACUCAGCUUCUUGUCAGCUGGUUUGUGAGUGGGCCCAGAAACUCCUGGAACAGAACUUCCCAAGUGUACGGGAACUGGCCGAGCAUUUGGUCAGUCAUCUGUAUGUCAACAGCAAGUCUGUGUCAGCGUUCACUGUUGUUGCCGGAAUGCAGGACUCGGGAAUACAGAAUAUGAAAGUGUCGUCCAUGUUUUCCAACACCACAGGAGGAGAUAGACAUCGAGAGACACAACUACAGCUUCAAAGGAAACUCCAUGAACGAGAACAGCUACGUGAACACAAGAAAAAGCUCCAGUUGCAGAAAGAGGAAAAUGAGCAAAAAGCAAAAGAGGCACAGGAUCGCAUGACUCCAUCGCUUACCUCCCCUACACUGCUCAGGGCACUCACUUCUCCUGCCAGGAGAAUCUUUGACAGGAAAGAAGAUGAACCCAGUUUGUCACGCAGUAAAUCUGUGUUGAGCGGUAACACAGGAAAGGCAAAACAAACCGUUGUGGAGUCUCUGAGAAGCAAAUCAUCGCUAGCUAAGGAGAAAAUGUCCCAGAAGCAGGACAUGGAUGUUGAUGGGUCAAGGUCACCACCCAAAUGUCAAGGUCAAAUAAACUGCCAAAUAGAGGCAAUGGAUACAAGUCAUGAUGUAGAUACACAAAGUCAUCUUAUUGUUACAAACCCAGAUAAGGCAAAAGAGCAGACUGAAAAAAAGAAGACUUUCACAAAGAUGAAGUCCUCCGUAAAUAAUACUGGAAAGAUUUCGGGGGAAGGCUGGAAUGUUACUUCAAUGGAAAGAGUUCAUUCAGCUCAACAAGUGAGAGACAGUUGGAACAUUGGAGAGGAAUCACCAGGCAGAGCAUUCCACACAAUAAUGAAACCUUCUGCUGUGUCUCGGCAUCAAGCUCCUAAGUCCGAAAGGGAUAUAAAGAUAGUUAAAAUUGUAAGCAGGACGGAAGAAUCUAGGGAAACGAGUCUGUCACCAGAUGUUGUUGAAGAUAAGGUCACGGAAAGCCAGAUAGAUAGCUCACAGGAAAUAGAUCCAAAACUUGAAGCCAUGGAAACUGUGGAGAUUCUUGGGAAUUCUGAAGAGUGUCUUCAUUUGUCAGCAUCUCCAUCUGUCUCGUCAUCAAUGUCUUCAUCUGUAUCAUCUAGAAGUGCGUUUGUGCCUUUUUCGCAAAUGGGUACGCGUAAAGAAAGUGACAUGCUCUCUAUGCGAAUUCCGUCCUCCACAUCAAGUCAGAUUAAUUCUGUUGUAACGGAGUCUGAUGUUGAUCCACAAACCAGUGUCUCAGAUAAUCAUCAAAGGUCAUCAAGAUCGAUACAAUCAAAUACAUCAUCUAACAUACCACAAAUUCCGUCCAUUCCUUCCCACGAAUCUCAGAACAUUGCCUCUGUAGAUGUCAUUGUGAAGCCUCCUGGAAGUUUAAGUUUAAAUCUAAAUUCUCCAGGAAGCAGCAACGUUCCGUAUUCUACAUGUACGACAGUUGGAAUCCUAGGUGCUAUGUCUACUACAUCAGAUGUUCCAACCUCACAAGCAUUACCACAAACAUCUCCGUCAACACCAAAAAAGACCAAAUCACGAUUUACUCCAAUCCGUCCAAAGGCUUCUCCUUCGAAAACUGUCUCGAAUAUACUCAAGGAAAAAAGUGCAGAGAAUUCCAUUUAUAACAAGUCAAAACCUGUUGCCACACUUCUCAAAGAAAAACGUGCUCGAGAAGCAGAAGUUUUGGCACAAACUCAUAUGAGUGGUGGUGUAACUCUCUCACCAGGAGGAAUUAAUCAGGCGAACUCGGGUGUUCAGAUUCAAAACAUUCAAAACAUCACUGCAUCAACAUUACCAAAAUCAUUAGAGUUAAAUAAACCAGGAGAAUUUUUCAUCAUUCUGAAUCCCACUCUCCCUGCUACACCAAUCAGUAAAAUGUCUGUGGUAAGUCCUGUCUCUACUGUCACUCAAUCAUUUCUAUCAAACUCAAGUACCGUGACAACCAGUUCCAAAGGAAAACCAGAAACAAAUAAAAGUCAGAGAUCAGCUAAUUCAAGUCGUAGUCGUACAAACUCUUCAUCUGAGUCUGAAAUUGAAAGCAUCUUCCCGUUUGGCAAAGAGAGUGCUGGUACAAUAUCUGAUUCAGCUGAGGAAAGUUUCACAGAUUUUAAUAUGGAUGAAACUCCUUCAAAAUUGGUAAAAAUUGAUGGUGACCAAGGUGUUUCAUCGCGGCCCGGGAGCCGUUGUUCUGUUGACAGAGAAACACCAUCAUUUGGACGGAAACGGAAAUUCUACACCUGUGGAAAUGUUUCUUACCAUAAAAGGAUAAAUUCAACUGAUGAUACAGAUGACGAAGUUGUCAUUAUUGAACAAAAAGAGGGUUGGAAGGACUCGAGACGGGCCAUGUCUUGUUCAUUGGACCAACAAGAAAAAGACGAGACCAUAUCCCCUGUUCACAAAGAAAACCUCAAUAACACUAUAGACAAUCUACAUUGUCCCGAUAUUUCAAUUCUUGAAAUUGAUGCGCUGUCAGAUAGCGGAUUGGAUUCCGAGCAACUUCAGCUCUUGUCGGUUUCUAGUACACCAAAAUCAGUAACUCAGACACAAUCAGCUGCAGUAGGAGUCAAUUCCCGAUCGCUACAACGACGAGAAUUACUGAAGCAGAAAGAGAUGCUUGAUGAGCGUAUGAGGUCUUACUGGAACAAGGAGAGUAGAGUACACAUUUAUGACAAGUCUGACGUUGUCAAUAUGGAAGUCCAUAGUGAACUUCCUCAGGAUGUAGCAGACUUUAUCACCGAUGCCCUGACUGGUAUUGCCAACACCAAUAUAAAUGAACAUGAGGAUACCCAGAAAAUAGGAAACCGAGAAAACGAGAUAGAACAUUCCAGAAUGCAGACUUUGAGUCGGGAACUGAAGUGUAAUGGUCCAGUUGUUACCAGUCAAAGCUUCAUUCAACCCUCAGCCUCUUCCCCUUUAACAACUGUGUCUAUCAAGUCACAGAGGAAAAAGGAUUCUGUUCAGGACACUAGUCUAGAAAAAGGACAGAGCCAGGAGGUUUCAACAAAAAAUUCUACUAUGAACAAUUUUGUGAGUCCACAAAGACCAGUACGUCGCCAAAGAACGCCAUCUAUUGAAAGACUUCUUGGACCAACUGUCACCUCAGAUCGACAUGUACAGCUGCAGUCUCCUCUAGACAGGGGACCUACCUGUCACAACGAGAGGGGCAAUCAGUAUGUCACAGAGCAAGGGAAAGCUGUAACACCAACCAGCUUUGCUAGUCCUGUUCAUCCAGUAAUACAAAGGAAAAGAGAAUUAUCAGUGGACCGUAUAGCCAGCAACCAGACACCAUUUUCUGAUGCUGGAUAUGGUAGUAUUGGAGCAAGUCCUAUUUUAACAUCUACUCCAGUUUCCGGUCUGGGAGGUGUCUGUGAUACGGCAAUGAAUUCAACUUCCAGUGCUGGAUUGCUUAUGAGUCGGCCCGAUUCAGUUCAGAGCCUAGCAAGUGACACUGUCAUGCAGAGCCCAGUGCCCCCAUUCUCACCACGUAAUUACACAUCAACACCACUUUCAGUUCGUUCACCAUGUUCCACACAAAACAGUAAUCCUGUACAAAGUCCCCUUGGAAUGGGCCCUCCUACCCGUGCCUUUAUGCCAAUCCAAAGUUCCUCUACGCAGAAACUAGAGACCACUGUCACACUGAUAAAACCGACUGUAACCAUUGCUAGUGGUAAUGGGGGUGAAGGGAAAGAAAUCCACAAAGAUCUGAUCGGGAUAGGAAGUAUUCAACCAGAAGUACACCAACAGAACCGACCUCCACCCUCUUACAAAGCAGCUGUACAAUCACUCACAUACUUACAGGGUGAUAGCCCUGAGAAUUCUGGUGCAUUCAACCGUCCACCCAGUGCACCAGUUGAUUUUCCAAUGGCUGAGGUGGUCUCGGCUACUAAACAUCAAUCUGUUAUUGGCAUGAUGGGAAAAAGUAAUGACGUUCUUCAAGACAUAAAUCUGCAGCUGAAUGCAGGGAAUGAUUCAGGACAGCAAGAUAAAAAUAUUGCAGAAGUCUACCCCUGUUCAUUCCAGCUGGCCCUGAUGUCACACAAGUCGCGGGAAGACGGCAAGGAAGCUGCAACAGGACCAACAUUGUAUAAGUCAGGACAGAAGAGUACUAAGACUAACUCAUCUGGAACACGCAUGUUCAGUUCCUCGGAGUCUCAUUCAUUAGAUAGUCAGAGUACUGGUAGAGGCGCAGAACCAAUGGUUUUAGGAAAUUCACCGUCUCAUAUUUUUGAAGGACAUAAAAGUGAUCAUCUGGGACAGUCACCUAUACAACAAUCACAGGGACCAAAUGGUCAAUAUCUUGAGGCAAUGAUUUUGGGAAGGUCUACUUCUCAUCAUUCUAAUGCAGAUUGUCACAGAAGGGGCCAAUUUGAAACUAGUUCUGUACAAGGCAUGUCCUCCAAGGUUUACAAGCAGUCCAAUUCCCAAAAAUCUGACCAUUCUAGCCGUGACGUAUUCAGCCCAGAAAUCCAUGGCAGAGAUUUCGUGACAGGAGGUGUAGCUGUACAGAAUUCAAAAGAAAAGGACAUUGAAAGUAUCUUAAACAUCCUAAAAGAUCCGAACCAGCACCCUAAACAAGCAGAGAAAAGUAGACAUGGAGGUAUUGUCAAGAAAGUUCAACCAGUGCUGCCUAAUGCCAACUAUAAGGGCAAUGCUCCCAAUGUGAACUUGACAAACCCUCGCAUUUCUGAAAAAAUGCGUCCAUAUGUUAUGGAUAAAGUGAUGACCUCAGUCAUGGACGACAUAGAGUUCUCCGCACGAAGGAAUUUGAUGCCGGAUCUUAUGGAGGAACCAAGUACUGAAAUCAACGAAGAGGAAUUAAUGUCAACACUUGAAGAUUUACGAUCUGUUGAUGAAAAAUAUUUUGUCCAGGAUGAUUUUAAUUCAAAAAGACUUUGA